UUAAUAGAUAAUUCGUACUUACAAGAUUGAAACUAGGAAAGCAUCCAAAGCCGUGGCUAGGAGGAAGGACCUGAAUAACCAGGAAGAUGAAGAUCCAAUGAAUAAACUGAAGGGACAGAAGAUAGUGUUGUGUCGUAUUUGUAAAGGCGAUCACUGGACAACACGAUGUCCCUACAAAGACACCUUGGGUCCCAUGCAGAAAGAAUUGGCAGAGCAGUUGGGACUGUCCACAGGAGAGAAAGAAAAAACUACAGAACCAGAACCAGCGGCAGCACCUCAGAGUAAAACAGGGAAGUAUGUUCCCCCUAGUUUGCGUGAUGGAGCAACCCGCAGGGGAGAGUCCAUGCAGCCAAACCGCAGGGCGGACGAUAAUGCUACAAUUUGUGUUACAAACCUGUCUGAGGACACCAGGGAGACUGAUCUGCAGGAACUAUUCCGGCCUUUUGGUGCAAUUUCUAGAAUCUACUUGGCCAAAGAUAAUAAUACCGGGCAGUCCAAGGGUUUUGCUUUCAUAAGUUUCCAUCGCAGGGAAGAUGCUGCACGAGCUAUUGCUGGCGUUUCUGGCUUUGGCUAUGACCAUUUGAUCCUCAAUGUGGAGUGGGCAAAACCUUCCAAUAACUAAAAUGAUGAUGAAGUGGUUUGAACAGCCAACCCAAGAUGCAUUGCUGUCUAGCAUACUGUUUAAUAAAGUCACCAUUUAAUAAAAUCA